AUGGAGAUGUGUGGAGACAGGUGCUUGAGCCAAAGCUCUGAGGCACAGCAGAACUUGGGAGACUGGGACACCCUGUGCAUUUCCAAGACUGAAUGCAGGCUGGAGAAGUCUGAUGGGCACAGAAGCCAGAAGCCAAGAGAAAUUGGCAGAAAUUGGCGUGGAGAUUUGACUGUUCAGGCAAAGAAGCAGAAGAAGACAAAAAAAGAUGCCAAGGCUCCAAAAAAGUGGCCCAACGAAGCACAGGUGGAGGAGGAAGAAGACAAAGACUGUAUCCCAGGCCCCGUUUGCAAGGGAAAGUGGAAAAAUAAGGAAAGGAUUCUCAUCAUUUCUUCCAGAGGAACAAGUUUCAGAAUAAGAUAUUUGAUGCAAGACUUGAGAAUGUUGAUGCCUCAUUCAAAACCAGGUACUAAAAUGGACUGCAAAGACAGGUUAUUUGUGAUUCAUGAAAUUUGUGAAAUGAAAAACUGCAAUAAAUGUGUCUAUUUUGAAGCAACGAAGAAACAAGAUCUCUAUAUGUGGCUUUCAAAUUCCCCUCAUGGACCAUCUGCUAAAUUUCUUGUUCAAAAUGUUCAUACCCUAGCUGAACUUAAGAUGACUGGAAACUGUUUAAAAGGUUCUCAACCCCUUUUGUCUUCUGACCCCACUUUUGAUGAAUUGCCACAUGAUGCUUUAUUAAAAGAACUCUUAAUUCAGAUCUUUAGCACACCAAGGUAUCACCCCAAAAGCCAACCAUUAGCAUAGCACUGGCAUAGUGGU